AACCAAAACAAUAACAAUACCUUAAAAAAAAUCUCUGUUCGUUUUUAAAAAUGUCAAGAAUUGUAAGAUUCGUUAAAUGGAUAGGCAAAAAUCCAAAAAAGUCUAUAUUCUUCGGCGGUGUCUUGUCAUACGGUUUCAACUGGAUGCACCAAAAAUAUCAAAUCGCUAAUGUAAUGAGAGAUUACUGUACUGAGGCAAAGAAAUAUGGAGAAAUGAAGGCACCGAUUAAUGCUAAGCUGAAAAAAGUAUUAAUCAUCUUAAAUCCAGCAGCUAAUAAACGAAAUGCUGAAGAUGAUUUUAAUGAAUUUGUUGCUCCAAUUUUGAACAUGGCUGGAUACUUUAUAGACAUAGUAAAAACUGAAUCGGAUCUUCAUGCUAUACGUCUUUUGGGAGAGGAAAUUAAUGAACAAUAUGAUGCUUUUAUCAUAGCUGGAGGAGAUGGAACAAUUUCUGAAUCAUUAACUGGAUUGUUGAGAAGGAACGAUGAAAUAUCAGCAAACUGUAUUAUUGGAGUCAUUCCUCUCGGAUUAAAUAAUCAGUUUAGUUAUAUGUUCUUAAAUUCAGACACAAAUGUGAGGAAUAAAGUUGAAGCUGUAAAGGCAAAAGCAGAAGCAGCAUUAGCAAUUGUUAAAGGAAAGACACAGAAACAAGAUGUUAUAAAGAUUGAAUUAGUGUCUGACGAUGAAGAAGUAGCUAAGAAAGUAUUUUAUGGUGUUGGAUCUGUUUUCUGGGGCUCAUUUCAUGAUAUUCUUCGUAAAAAAGAUAAAUAUUGGCUUACUGGAUCUUUAAGAAAUUAUACAGCAUGUCUAUUUAACGGAGUUUUUCCAAGAGAUGGGGUAAACUGGAACUGUGAAGCUAAGAUGAUUUAUUCAGCACCAUGUUCUGGCUGCUCAAAUUGUUAUGAAAAGCCUGAAAGUAAAUCACAAAAGCUGCACAACUCUCGUUGGUGGUCCAAGUUCAAUUCAUCGAAAGAAGUUGUUCCUGAAUAUUCGAAAGUUCUUAAUCCACACUGUCUUGAAACAACUGAAAUUGACAUAAAUACAUCAGAAUUUGCAAUAACAACAAAUUGUCAAGAAGGUAUAGUGAACGAAACUCCAAAAUUAACGAUAAAAAUUGGCGAUAAGCCUAACAAUUAUGGACCUUCUUAUAUUUGGGAAUCAUGGAAACGCGUUUAUAAUAAAAAGUUUUUAGAUCUUCCUAAUUCGACUAAUUUACAAUCCAGACAAGUCCUCUUAAUUCCAAAAGAAGACAAUUCUGAGGAAAAGAAGGAAAACUUCUUUUCCAUAGAUCAUAAUUUAUUCGAAGUCCGACCUAUUAAAGUUACAUUACUGCCGAAAAAAGUAGAUUUCUUUGUAUCAUAGAUUAAUAAAUAAGGAAAUAAAGCUUGUUCUCACACUUAGUAAUUAUAUGAUUUUAUUGAUUGAAAAUAAAUUUACAACUCGAUUUGUGCUUGAAUCCAAUCAGCAUGAUAGAAAACGUCUUGAAUCAAAUUUGGUUGAUUUCCAUCACAUGCUUCUGAUUGUCCAGCAGAUUGAAUUCCAAAAACGACAUUGUUAACGAUAAAGGGUGAUCCAAAGUCUGAUACACAAUUCGUGCCUGAAAUGGCUUUUACACAAAGCCGUCCUUGAUAUCCUUGACUCCAAUUUAAGUUUGGAUAUGCUUCUACGCAUUCAACUUCACUGAGGAUUCUUAGUGGAAGUUCUUGCUUAUAUGAUGCUGCAUGAUCAUCAACAAAUUUGAGUAGACCCCAGCCAUAAGUUUUAAUUUCAGUUCCAACAACAAGUGGAGUAGUAGGCAAUUGAGCAUAUGCUAUGUAAGUCUUGGCUGUAAAGGAAUCAGGCAUUCUGAUCAAGCCAACAUCAUUCAAAUGUUGAAGUCCAUCAAAUUGUGGUCCAAGCAUGAAAUCUGAAUUGCUGACUCUAUAAAUAGAUCUCUUCUCCUCAAACUCGUCUCUCAAUUUAUUAGCAUAGACAUGCACAUUAACAAAGGUGAUUCCAAAAAGACAGUAUGCACUUGUCAGAACAAAUUUAGGUGAUAUUAAGGAGCCAGAACAAAAGUAGUUCUUCUCGUAAACGAUAUAUGCUUCCAAUAAUACUAAGUGAGAAGAAUCUUCACGUUUUGUAGUAACUCCAUUAGCUCUUUGCUCAAUCACUCGACAUCCGCGUGAUACAAAAAUUAAACAAAGUACGAGAAAUACGAUUUUCAACAUUUUUAGUCAAUAUCCAUCCACAAACUGAUGAAAUUUAAUGAACUAUUAAUUACUUUUAAU